UCCCCUCGGCGGUGGCCGCUGCGCGAUGACAGCGGCGGUGGCUGCGGAGACCCGGGCUCCGGGAGGCAACGGCUCGGGCAUGGACGCUCGGCUGGACCAGGAGACCGCGCAGUGGCUGCGAUGGGACCGGAAUCCUUUAACUUUAGAGUCAGUGAAACAGCUCAUUGCUGAAGGUAAUAAAGAAGAACUUCAAAAAUGCUUUGGGGCCCGGAUGGAGUUUGGGACGGCUGGCCUCCGCUCACCUAUGGGAGCAGGGAUUUCUCGAAUGAAUGACUUGACCAUCAUCCAGACCACACAGGGAUUUUGCAGGUACCUGGAACAGCAGUUUAGUGACCUGAAGCAGAGGGGUGUUGUGAUCAGCUUUGACGCACGAGCUCACCCCCCCAGUGGAGGUUGCAGUAGAAGGUUUGCCCGACUGGCUGCAACCACAUUUAUCAGCCAGAGGAUUCCGGUGCACCUCUUCUCUGACAUCACCCCGACCCCUUUUGUGCCCUAUACAGUGUCACAUCUGAAACUCUGUGCCGGGAUCAUGAUCACUGCCUCACACAAUCCAAAGCAAGACAAUGGCUAUAAGGUCUAUUGGGACAAUGGAGCACAGAUCAUCUCUCCGCAUGAUAAGGGCAUUUCUCAAGCUAUUGAAGAAAAUCUAGAGCCCUGGCCUCAAGCUUGGGACGAGUCUUUGAUUGACAGUAGUCCACUUCUUCAUAACCCCAGUGCUUCCAUAAGUAAGGCCUACUUUGAAGACCUUAAGAAAUACUGUUUCCACAGGGGUGUGAACAAGGAGACCCAGGUGAAGUUCGUGCAUACCUCUGUCCAUGGUGUGGGUCAUGAGUUUGUGCAGUCGGCUUUUAAGGCAUUUGACCUUGCUCCUCCAGAGGCUGUUCCCCAACAGAAAGAUCCAGAUCCAGAGUUCCCAACUGUCAAAUACCCGAAUCCUGAGGAGGGUAAAGGUGUCUUGACUUUGUCUUUUGCUUUGGCUGACAAAAUCAAGGCAAAAAUUGUUUUAGCAAAUGACCCAGAUGCUGAUAGACUUGCUGUGGCAGAAAAGCAAGACAGUGGUGAGUGGAGAGUAUUCUCAGGCAACGAGCUGGGGGCCCUCUUGGGCUGGUGGCUCUUCACUUCCUGGAAAGAAAAGAACCAAGAUCGCAGGGCCCUCAAAGAUACUUACAUGUUGUCCAGCACUGUCUCCUCCAAAAUCUUGCGGGCUAUUGCCUUGAAGGAGGGCUUUCAUUUUGAGGAAACAUUAACUGGCUUCAAGUGGAUGGGGAACAGAACCAAACAGCUAAUAGACCAAGGGAAGACUGUCUUAUUUGCAUUUGAAGAAGCUAUUGGAUAUAUGUGCUGCCCCUUCGUUCUGGACAAAGACGGAGUCAGCGCUGCCGUCAUAAGUGCAGAGCUGGCGAGCUUUCUAGCAACCAAGAAUUUGUCUUUGUCUCAGCAGCUAAAAGCCAUCUAUGUGGAGUAUGGCUACCAUAUAACCAAAGCUUCGUAUUUUGUCUGCCAUGACCAAGGGACCAUUCAAACACUAUUUGGAAACCUGAGAAACUAUGAUGGGAAGAAUAAUUAUCCCAAAACUUGUGGCAGAUUUGAAGUCUCUGCAAUUAGGGACCUUACAACUGGCUAUGAUGACAGUCAGCCUGAUAAGAAAGCUGUUCUUCCUACCAGUAGGAGCAGUCAAAUGAUCACUUUCACCUUUGCUAACGGAGGUGUGGCCACCAUGCGGACCAGUGGGACGGAGCCCAAAAUCAAGUAUUAUGCGGAGCUGUGUGCACCCCCUGGCAACAGUGAUCCUGAGCAGCUGAAGAAGGAGCUGGAUGAACUCAUCAGUGCCAUUGAAGAAAAUUUCUUCCAACCACAAAAGUAUAACCUUCAGCCAAAAGCAGAAUAGAAGAUUCUCGCAUUGGACAUGAAUACAUUUACCUCCACUGAAGCUGAACUUGAUUUUUUUUUUUUUUGCAGAAAAAUUCAUUCUUAAUACAAUUGACACUAAGAUGCACAGGCAUUUCUAAUCUCUAUAUAUCUGAUUAUUACUAGUGAAGCUGAACUUGAUUUUUAAAGCCGUAUUCUUGAGGACCAAGUGAUUUAAAUGAUCACUGCAAGUAUUUAUAUAUUUCAAAUAGCUCCACCUUCCUCAUUAUUAUAUAUUUUUUUAUCUUGAAAGUGAGUAAAAAAAAUUAUGGCAAGCCCAACAAACCAACUUCCUUAUGAAAAUUAUGAAAAUGUUAAGCCUGGGCAUUAUCUGAAUUGUUUUUGGUUUUUUUUUGGGGGGGAGCUUUUUGAGACAGGGUCUCCGUACAGCCUCAGCUGACUUGGAACUUAAUAUGUAGACCAGGCUGGCCUUGAUCUCACAGAGAUACUGCCUCUGCCUCCCGAGUGCUGGGACUACAGGUGUGUGCCACCAUGCCCGGCUUUCUGAAUUUUUAAAAAAAUUUAAAAAUUAAUUAUAUAAAUAGAUUGUAGUCAAUAUGCCUUAAUUUGCUUAAACGUAUGUCUUCUGUGUAAUUAUUUGUAUGUGUACUUUAAAUAGCUAGAAAAACUGUACAAUUACUAAGAAUAUUUAUAGUUAUGUUUCUAUCAGUUACUUUUAAAGUAAAAUAAUCAAGUCAAAGGUGCUAGUGUUUUGGGGAAAAGCAAUUCAUAAGAAUCACUAAAGGAGAGCAAAAGCACUAUAAAAAGAUGGGUUUUUUAACCUAAAACUCUUUUUCUGGUAAUGUACGCACACUAAGAAAAAUCAGCUGAACUACUGUAAGCUGCAGUUCCCUGAAGAAAAAAAAUCAAGCCAUCUCUGCUGAGGAUUUCACAAGGCUGAAUGACUGAUCAGAAGUUUGUGAUUCGGGGAAUUAGAAUGUUGGAGGUCCAGCACCAAAUUAUCUUGGGCUACCUUUCGUCUCCUUAACAGCCAUUCAUCGCUUACCCCAGCGUCUACAUGCCAUCCUUUUGACCAUCCUGUUAAAGCUUUGGAAUGUCUUCUUAGCAGACCCUGACUUCCUUCCACUGAUCUAAAAGCUAAAAAUAUCAUUGAUAGCACUGCAACCUGCAGGAGUUUCCUGCUUCAUUGUAACCUACCUACCUAUGGUCUCCACAAUGUAAUUGGCAAGUGUCUUGAUUUAUGACCUUUUUUUUUUCCCUGUAACUAAUAAAAGCCCAUGUGACUGAU